AUGGCAACGUCUUGGCGUUUGCUGCUCAAUCGGACGUUGCCCGCUACACGCCACCCGCACGCGCAUCACUCGCUGCCAUCCCCUUCCCGCCUCUCGCGCCUCUCAUCGCCGCGGCGGCACCCAGCGACCCUGCACGCGUCUCGCCUAGCCCCCUCCCUCGCCACCUCACCGUCGCUCCUCUCCUCCGCGCCGCGCGUCUCCCCUCUCCCCGCUCGGCGCGCGUCGUCGCGGCACACUUUAUCGCGCGCUGCGUCGGUGCGGGCGGCAGCUGACGCGGGAAGCGAUGGCGUCGGCCCCGCCACCGCGGAAGCACCCUCACCUCCUGCAGCAGCGCCAGCAGCAGCAGUGGAUCCAGCGGUGGCGGGCAGCUCCUUGAGGCGGCGGUUCCUGGAGUUCUACGCGGCGAGGGGCCAUGCCGUGCUGCCGUCCGCGUCGCUGGUGCCGGCCGACCCCACCGUGCUGCUCACCAUCGCCGGCAUGCUGCCCUUCAAACCCGUCUUCCUCGGCCAGGUGGGGUCCCCUCGUUCUCCCAUUGCCCCAUCCCCCCCACCCAUGCCCCCAUCCCCCCACCCAUGCCCCCAUCCCCCCACCCAUGCCCCCAUCCCCCCACCCAUGCCCCCAUCCCCCCACCCAUGCCCCCAUCCCCCCACCCAUGCCCCCAUCCCCCCACCCAUGCCCCCAUCCCCCCACCCAUGCCCCCAUCCCCCCACCCAUGCCCCCAUCCGCCCACCCAUGCCCCCAUCCCCCCACCCAUGCCCCCAUCCCCCCACCCAUGCCCCCAUCCCCCCACCCAUGCCCCCAUCCGCCCACCCAUGCCCCCUUCCCCCCACCCAUGGCCCCAUCCCCCCACCCAUGCCCCCGUCCCCCCACCCUUGGCCCCAUCCCCCCACCCAUGCCCCCGUCCCCCCACCCUUGGCCCCAUCCCCCCACCCAUGCCCCCAUCCCCCCACCCAUGCUUCCAUCCCCUCCCAUGCCCCCCUAUUUUUCCACCCCAUGCUUUCAUUACUCCUGUCAUGCUCCCAUCGCCCCUUCCCCACACCGCAAUCCUACAAAUCCCACUUCCACCUCUGCGGUGCCGAGCAGUGCGCCCCUUCUAUGCCGAGCAGUGCGCCCCUUCUAUGCCGAGCAGUGCGCCCCUUCUAUGCCGAGCAGUGCCGCUCAGCGUGCGUGGGCGACAACGAGCCAGCGCCGCGGUGUGUGCGCAGCAACGAUGUGGAGAACGUGGGGCGCACCCCACGGCACCACACCACCCGCCUUGCCAUCUGUCCUUCCACCAUCCCGCCCACCUUCCACCAGGUGCCGCCCAGUGUGCCGCGCGCCACAACGAGCCAGCGGUGCGUGCGGACGAACGACGUGGAGAAUGUGGGGCGAACGGCACGGCACCACACCUUCUUUGAGAUGCUCGGCAACUUCAGCUUCGGCGAUUACUUCAAGCAGGACGCGUGCCAGUGGGCCUGGCAGCUCGCCACUCAGGAGUUUGGAAUACCGGAGGAGCGCAUCUGGGUGAGCGUCUUCCGUGAUGACGACGAGACGUACGCCAUCUGGAAGGACCAGGUGGGCGUGAGUCCAGAGCGCAUCCAGCGGCUGGACGAGGAGGACAACUUCUGGGCGAGUGGGCCCACGGGGCCGUGUGGGCCGUGCAGCGAGCUCUACUACGACUUCCACCCUGAACGUGGCAUCGAGGGCGCUGAUAUGGGAGACGACUGGCGGUUAAUAGAGUUCGACAACCUGGUGUGCAUAGAGAGCAACCGCUCUACCCCUGCUCCUGCCCAACCGCCCCCUGCUCUCAUGUGCUGUGACCUGGGAGACGACUCGCGCUUCAUAGAGUUCUACAACCUUGUCUUCAUGGAGAGCAACCGCCGCGACGACGGGGGGUUGGAGGCGCUGCGCUGCAAGAACAUCGACACGGGGCUCGGCCUUGAACGCCUCGCUCAGAUCCUGCAGCAGGUACCGAGCAACUACGAGACGGAUCUCAUCUUCCCCAUUGUGCAGCGCGCAGCCCAGCUGGCGGGGGUGGACUACCACAGCGCGGAUGAGGACACCAAGCGCAUGCUCAAGGUGAUAGGCGACCAUGCGAGGGCCGUGGUGCACCUGGUGGCGGACGGCGUGUCACCUUCCAAUCUCGGCCGCGGCUACGUCGUGCGCCGCCUCGUGCGCCGCCUUGUGCGCACCGCCCGCCUUCUUGGCAUCAACUCAGGCAGCGGCGCCACCACCACUCACACCGACACCGCCAAUGGCAACGGCAGUGCUGCUGGGGGUGGCGACUCUGCCUUCCUGCCAAUCAUCGCUCAACAGGUUGGGAUGAAGCCUCCUCCUUGCUCCAUCUGUUUCGCUGCAGCUGCAUGCCUGACGCUUCCUGCGUCCAACCCCCCCUUCAUGUACCUCUGCCCCUUUUAUGUGCCUAUUCAUCCAGUCCUUCACCUUGCCGUCUCAACCCCUCCAUCUCAACCCCUGCAUCUCCUCUCCUUACCCCCUCCACCACCUGUUCGUGGGCGGCAGGGAGCAGCCACGAGCAGCAGUGCCAAUGCGCCUGUGCUUCCUCCCCUGCGCGCCCCACGUCGUCUCCCCUACCCACCUCCUCCCCCUUCCCCUCCCCCAGGUGAUAGCGAUGAGCAGGGGCAUCAACAGCAACGUGGCGGAGCGCGCCGAGCGAGUGGUGGAGGAGUGCCAGGGGGGGCAUGGAAUGCAGGGGGGGCUGUGAUAGCCAUUAGCGCAGACAUCAACAGCAACGUGGCAGAGCGCGCAGAGGGAGUGGUGGAGGAGCCACGAGCAGCACUGCCAGUGAUAGCCAUGAGUGCGGACAUCAACAGCAACGUGGAAGAGCGCGCGGAGCGGGUGGUGGAGGAGCUGAGGCGCGAGGAGGAGCGGUUCGUGGCCACACUGGAGCGAGGGGAGAAGAUGCUCGACCUGCUGCUCUCGCAGGCCCUCGCCCACGCUGCUGAUGCUGCUGCUGCAGGAGGGGAGGGAGGGGAAGGGGCGGGGGUGGCGGCGGGGGCGGUGUUGAGUGGGCGGGAUGCGUUUGUGCUGUACGACACGUACGGGUUUCCCGUGGAGAUCACGGAGGAGGUGGCGCGGGAGAGGGGCGUGGCCGUGGACAUGGCGGGCUUUGAGCGAGAGAUGGCUGCUCAGAGGAAGCAGUCGCAGGCGGCGCACAGUGCCAUCAAGCUGGCAGUGGGCGGGGCAGCAGCGGACCUGGCAGGGCAGGUGCCCGAGACAGAGUUCGUGGGGUACUCGUGCCUCGCCUCCUCCUCGCCCGUGCUGGCGCUCGUCGUUGAGGGCAAGGUGGUGGAGCGCGCAGCAGCGGGGCAGGCGGUGGACGUGGUGCUGGCGCGCACUCCCUUCUAUGCCGAGGGGGGCGGGCAGAUCGCCGACUGGGGGCACAUGCGCGUGCUGCAGGGGGGAGGGGGGGAGGGAGGGGCGGUGGUGCGUGUGCGGGACGUGCAGCGCGCGGGGGGAGGGCUGUGGCUGCACCGGGGGGAGGUGGAGGAGGGCGAGGUGUGUGUGGGGGACGAGGUGGAGGCGGUGGUGGAUGAGGAGCAGCGUCUGCGCGCACAGGCGCACCACACGGCAACGCAUCUCCUACAAGCAGCGCUGCGCGAGCAGUUGGGGCCGGACGUGGCGCAGGCGGGCAGUCUGGUGGCGUUCGACCGGCUGCGCUUUGACUUCCACUUCCCGCGCGCCGUCAUGCCCGCCGAGCUCACCGCCGUGGAGGCGCGCGUGAACAAGUGGAUCGCCGCUGGUGCUGCCGUCACGGCGGCCGUCAUGCCCAUUGCUGACGCCAAGGCUGCUGGCGCGAUUGCGAUGUUUGGGGAGAAGUACGGCGACGAGGUGCGCGUGAUCGACGUGCCGGGCAUCAGCAUGGAGCUGUGUGGCGGCACUCACGUGGGCAACACGGCGCACAUCCGCGCCUUCAAGCUGCUCUCCGAGGCCGGCAUCGCGGCGGGUGUGAGGCGCAUUGAGGCCGUGGCGGGGGAGGCGGCAGUGGACCUGCUGCACCAAUGGGACGGCGUUGUCAAGGCGCUCUCCUCCUCCCUCAAGGUGCACUCUCCUCCUCCCUCAAGGUGCGCUCUCCUCCUCCCUCAAGGUGUGUCCAUGCAGGCCCUUCGUCUCCUCACUGCAUACCCACACGUCUGUUCUGCACCCGUCGUUGCACUGCUGCACUAUUUGGUGAAGGCGGAGGAGGUGCCGGCGCGAGUGGCGGCGCUGCAGGAGGAGCUGCGGGCGGCCCGCAGCGAGGCGGAGAGCCUGAGGGGCGACCUGGCUGUGGCGCGCUCCCAGCUGCUGCUGGGGCAGGCAGAGACUGUUGGGGCUAUGGGGUGCAGGGUGCUGGUAGCGGAGCUGCCAGGGGUGACAGCAGACGCCCUCAAGACGGCCGCAGAGAGCCUGGCGGCACAGCUGUCGGGCGGCAGCAGUGAGAGUGCGGUGGUGCUGGCGUCCGGCAGCAGCGAGGAGGGCAAGGUGGCCAUCGUGGCUCUGCUCAGCCCCGCGGUGGUGAAGGCGGGCGUGAAUGCGGGCAAGCUGGCGGGCGCCAUGGCGCGCGUGUGUGGGGGAGGGGGAGGGGGGCGCCCCAACUUUGCGCAGGCAGGGGGCAGGCAGCCGGAGAAGCUGCCGGAGGCACUGGCUGUGGGCAGGGCGGAGCUCAUGAAGCAGCUGGGGGCGUAG